AUGACGAUUUAUGACGCUGGUCAUGGCUCGUUCUCCGGCAGGAAUCAGCAGAGUUUUCAGGAUGCUGAAUCUUUGAGUAAGGUGCUUUCUGAGGAGGACUUCGAGCCAUUGCAAGACCUUAUGUACCAUGACCACCGAAUCAAUUCAGACGAGGACCGCAAUGAUCUACCAGAAGAGAUUGCAUUCAACCCAGAUGACAUUCCACAUCUCAAGGCGGUGCAUUUGGCGUUGGUGGGGGAUCUGGCGCACGGACGCACCGCACAUAGCAAGGUGCGAGUGGAUUUGGUGGCGCCCGAAAUCUUCGGCUACCCCGUGGAGUACACCGAUAGGAUGCGCGAGGCAGGCUUCGAAGUGAGGUGUUUCGGCUCCGUGGAGGACGGCAGCGCAGACCGCGCGUCGUGGGAGCGGUGCGCGGUGCGGUCAGAUGUGGUCAGGAUCAGGUACUUCUACAAGCCUCAAUUCUCCAAGUGUGGGGCUCGCACCCCAGCUUCGCUUCGCUUCGGCCCGGAACGAAGCCACGGUCUUGUGGCCUAUGGCGUCUUUGGUGCACUGCAGGUGCUGACGCGCUUGUACUGGGGUUGGAGAACUUCUUCUCGCAUGAGGCAGAUGUUGAAGGAUAUGCCCGCGACCAACGGGAAGGGCCAUGAUCAGCCCGCCGGUUGGAUCGUGGACAACGUCGCCAACCUGGAACGGCAUCACGACUGGCGCCGGGAGAUUUGUGAGGGCGUUCCAAUCGCCAAACAAUUGGGCUUCAGUUGGUUUCCUGGGCCCUACUUGCUCCUCAUUAAUGAUCCGGCCAUCGUGCGGCACAUCCUGAAAGACGAGUUCAACAAGUACUCCAAGAGCGACACCACAGUCGAUCCCUUCUUCUUCUACUUGAAGGAGUUCUUGGGCGAUGGCAUUUUCAUCGUGAAGCAUGGAGUCGGGGCUGAGGACAGCGGCAAGGACUGGAACCAAAUGCGCAAGGUGUCCUCGCAAAUCUUUUCGAGAAAGAACUUCAACACCAAGAUGCAAGAGGUGUUUGUGUCGAAGUCGGAGCAGCUUCGGAAGUUUCUGCAGAAGCAGGGAGACAAGCCAGUGGACAUCCAGGCAUGUUUCUUCAACUUUACCUUCGAUAGCAUUAUGGACAUCUUCUUCGGCGAGCAGAGCAACACCGCAGAAGGUGUGCCCAACGUCUACGGCAAGGCGUUUGAUCGUGCCAAUGUUUGCACGCGAAUCCAUGCAAACAGCUCUUUGGCGGCCUUCUUUAUGUGCAGCGCUUUCCUCCCGUGGCCCUUUGGUGGGGCCCAUGGUGGGCUCGCGAGAGCUCUGUGGGACUGGUGCAGUCCGCUCUACAGAGAACUGAAACGCUGCUGCAAGAUCCUGGACUCCGAGUCAAACCGUUUGGUACGGAAGGCUCAAGAGGAUCCCAACUUGGCAGACCGGAGGGACCUCUUGGCUCUUUUUCUGCAAGGUGGCUUCACACCCGAGUUCACCAAGCAAAUGGUCUUCCACCUGAUCAUUGCAGGACGCGACACCACAGCGGGUCUUUUAUCCUUCAUGGCAUACGAACUCGCCAGGAACCCGGAGGUCCAAGAGAAACUUCAUCAGGAGAUCAUGCAGAAGCUUCCUCCACAGAGCUCUCUUGACUGGAAGAGCUUGAGUGCCACUGACAUGCCGUACUUGAAUGGCGUGAUCUAUGAGACCUUGAGGCUGUGGCCUCCAGUGCCCUUGGAUCCCAAGAUGGCGUUCGAAGACGAUGUGGUGCCAGGUGGCUUCACCAUCCCCAAGUGGUCCACCAUCGCGUACGUGCCCUAUGCCAUGGGUCGAGACGCCACACGCUAUCCAGAACCUUUGGCCUUCCGCCCGGAGCGUUGGAUUCCCUUUACUCCGCCAGCCCAUCAUGAGUUCCCCGUCUUCCAGGCCGGACCACGAAUUUGCUUGGGGAUGGACAUGGCCUUGUUCGAAGCCAAGACCAUCACGGUGGAGCUCCUGCGGUUCCUGCGCUUCGAAAUGGUGGAAGGCCAAAAGGUGAGCUAUGGAGAUAAGAUCACCUUGGAGACUUGGCAUGAUGUGAGAUAUAUUGGGACAGGAAGGGGGCCGGCAUAA